UACGAAGCAGUUGUGUAUAAAUAUUCGAGUGAAGCCGUCACUCUGUAUUACUGCAAUUCUAUCGACUUUCAUAGCUUUUUGCUUAUUAUCAAGAUCACAUUGAAUCUUGGGCCAGAAAAUUUCCUCUCCUACCUUUUUUCAAUUGGUUGUUCAUCAGUAACAAACCUUGUAUUCCAAAGCAUGGCUAUUCAGAUCCAAACCAACGGCUUCAAGCCGAUACACUACCAGGGUAAACCCAUACAGGUAGCAAAACUUCAGAGUAUUAACUUUUCCCGGCUGCUAUCUCAAGAGCCUGCAGAACUUGAUAAGCUGCUACAUCUAUGCAAAACCGAGGGCUUCUUUUACCUCGAUCUUCAAGACAUCGAUGGACGACGAAUCUUGGAUGACAAGGCAAGGUUACUGGAAUUGAUGAAAAGAUUCUUCAACUCAUCACAUGACGAAAAGAAUGAGAUUGGACUUCCUUCCCAAGAGCACGGAUAUGAGCCCGUCGGGAAUCACGCUGGAGUAGUCGAUGGGACUAAAGAUGGAUACGAGAUCCUAAAAGUUUCCAGAGAUGAACUCUCGAAGGCGUCGAGCAUCAAUCUGCCCUCUAUUGUGAAGAACACUCACGAUAUUAAAGUUUUUGAUGACUUCGUCGCCGGCUCAAGCAUCAUCACAAAAACUAUGUUAUCUGCUCUUUCGACAUCUCUUGGUCUACAAGGAGGUGAAAGGUUCGAGAAUUCUCAUCGCAACGGCCACAAAUCAAACUCGACCCUUGCUAUGUUUCGCUACAUCCCUGGGGACCUUAAAACCUCCAAAGAGGUUGGUCACCAAAAGCAUACCGACAUCGGUAGUCUAACGCUAUUGUUCUCCGAACAAUGGGGCUUACAAGUUCAACGCCCCGGGCCUCAGAAUCAUGAUAAGUGGGAGUUCAUUGAGCCAAAGCCCGGCCACGCUGUCAUCAAUGUUGGUGACUCCCUCAGAUUUGCUUCGGGACAUCAGUUGUAUUCUUGCAUCCAUCAGGUCGUUCCAAUCGACAACGCUGAAGAUCGGUAUUCGAUCGCAUAUUUCCUUCGGCCCGAGAAUGAAGCAAAGUACAAAGAUAGCAACGGCAAACUGGUGACUGCGAGCGAGUGGCAUGAUGCUAAGUAUGAGGUGUUUCAGAAGGAGCAUCAGCAGCAGAUUGGCUCAGAUUCGAUUCUAAUGGGUGGGAUGGAGACAGCUGUCGGUGCUUGA